GCCACAUUUAGAAAACGACCAAAAUGUUCCUACAAAUACACACAGUGAGACCAGUACUCAUCAUCAGUUCUUCACAUUCAUCUCUAACAAUGGCUUCUUCUCCGAUCAUUUUCUCCCUCCUUUUCCUUUCCAUCUUCUCAACCUCCUUUGCUCAACCAUCAUUCCGGCCAAAAGCUCUCCUCCUCCCUGUCACAAAAGACAAAACCACCCUCCAAUACACCACCGUUAUCAACCAACGCACUCCUCUCGUCGCCGCCUCCGUCGUAUUCGACCUCGGUGGCCGAAACCUCUGGGUAGACUGCGACAAAGAUUACGUCUCCACCACCUACCGCUCCCCACGCUGCAACUCCGCCGUGUGCUCACGAACCGGCUCCACCGCCUGCGGCACAUGCUUCUCCCCUCCAAGACCUGGCUGUAGCAACAACACUUGCAGCUUAAUCCCAGACAACACCGUCACCGGAACAGCUACCUCUGGAGAAGUUGCUAUAGACGUUGUGUCGAUUCAGUCAACUAACGGAAUCAACCCGGGUCGGGUCGUUAAAAUCCCUAAUUUGAUAUUCGGUUGCGGGGCAACGUUUCUGCUAAAAGGACUCGCUACCGGAACCGUCGGUAUGGCUGGUAUGGGACGCCACAACAUCGGUUUACCUUCGCAGUUCGCCGCUGCGUUUAGUUUUAAACGGAAGUUCGCAGUCUGUUUAACUUCGGGAAGAGGAGUCGCCUUCUUCGGUAACGGACCUUAUGUUUUCCUCCCCGGGAUCCAGAUCUCAAGGUUCCAAACGACGCCGCUUUUGAUCAAUCCCGUGAGCACUGCUUCUGCGUAUUCGGAAGGCGAGAAAUCCACCGAGUAUUUCAUCGGUGUAACUGACAUCAAAAUUGGCGAUGAAUCUGUUUCGUUCAACAAAACGCUUCUGAAGAUUGAUGCGACCUCCGGAGUAGGAGGAACUAAGAUCAGUACUGUGGAUCCGUACACCGUGAUGGAGACAUCGAUCUUCAACGCGUUCACAUCGGCGUUUGUUAAAGCAUCCGCGGCGAGGAAUAUUACUCGAGUACCGUCUGUGAAACCGUUUGGCGCGUGUUUCAGCACGGAGAAUGUAUUCGGAACACGCGUUGGGUACGCCGUGCCGGAUAUACAGCUUGUGCUUCAGAGCAGCGACGUCGUUUGGAGGAUCUUUGGAGGUAACUCGAUGGUGAGGAUAAGCCGUGAAGUCAUCUGUUUGGGUUUCGUUGACGGAGGAGUCAACGCCAGAACCUCUGUGGUGCUCGGAGGGUUUCAGCUUGAAGAUAACUUGAUCGAGUUUGAUUUGGCGAGUAACAGAUUGGGCUUUAGUUCCACGUUGUUGGGCCUUCGAACUAAUUGUGCCAACUUCAAUUUCACUUCCACUGCUUGAUAUGUUUUGUUAAGGGGGCGAUGAAUGAUUUCGUUGCAAUUUUAAUAACUUGAUUUGAAUAAUUGAAUAUUGUUGUUGUUUUUCUGUGAUUUUGUAUUAAUUCCUUUUUUACAAAUCAAUAAAAAAAAACAACUAGAGAAUAAAAAUGGAUUAUAUAAACUAAAUGUGCAUCCGUUGUAGUAUUGUUUUU